CGGGCUGCGGGAGGUAGGAUCCUGAGCCGGAAGCGGGGCGAGCUCCUGACGGCCGGGCCCGACCCCCUUCAGGCAGGUGUCCACGAUGCCGGAGGGUCCGGAGCUGCACCUGGCCAGCCGCUACAUCAACACGGUGUGCGCCGGGCUGCUCUUCUCGGGGAAGGUGGAGAAGUCUGCGGUGAGCAAGAACCCAGAGGUGCCAUUCGAGAGCUGCACCUACGUGAUCUCGGCCACCCCCCGCGGCAAGGAGGUGAAGCUGACUCUGAUGCCAGUCAAAGAGGAGGAGGAGAGCCUGCAACUCGCUGAGGAGAGUAGCCCAGCUGGGCAGGAUCCGGACAGCCCCCCCCAGCCUAUGGACGUCGUCUUCCGUUUCGGGAUGUCGGGCAGCUUCAAGCUGGUGCCAGAGGCUGAGCUGCCCAAGCACGCCCACCUGCGCUUCUACACCAGGGAGAGCCCGCGCCGCAUCCUCUGCUUUGUGGAUUUCAGGCGCUUUGGCAGGUGGGAGGUGCAGGGGACGUGGCAGCCAGACCGGGGCCCCUGCGUUAUGCUGGAGUAUGAGAAAUUCAGGGAGAAUGUACUGAAGAACCUGUCUGACAAGGCCUUUGACAAGCCCAUUUGUGAGGCCCUGUUAAAUCAGAAGUUUUUCAAUGGAAUCGGCAACUAUCUCCGAGCUGAGAUUCUUUACAGGUUAAGGAUCCCUCCCUUUGAGAAGGCCCGGACAGUGCUGGAAGCUCUGCAGCAUCGGGAGCAGGACCCUGCCCUGACCUUGAGCAAGAAAGUGAAGCUGAAGCGGGAGAACCCAGACCUGUUGGAGCUGUGUCACUCAUUGCCCAUGGAGGUCUUUCACCUAGGGGGGAAAGGCUAUGACCCAGAGAGCUCGGAUGAUUUUACAGCCUUUCAGCAAUGGCUGCGGUGCUACUAUGUGGCUGGUAUGAAGUCAUUGCGAGACAGCAAUGGCAGAACCAUCUGGUUUCAGGGAGAGCCUGGACCAAUGGCCCCAAAAGGAAAAAAGUCCCACAAGAAACACGCUCGGGGGAAAGCCGACUUGGAUGCUCCAAGUUCAAAGGAGACAAAGCCACCAUCCAAGAGGAGUUCCAAAGACAGCAGCAGCCAUGAGGAGCCUCAGGGAACUAAGAAACACAGCAGGAAGAAGGAGCUCAUCCAGGGAGCUGAGAACAGCCCAGCAAAUGGACCAAGGAAGCGACAUGCCAGGUUGAGGCAGAAAGGCUCAACCUGCCAAGAUUCUCCUGAAACCAAGGCUCCUGCUGAGGGGAAGACGAGGAGCAGGAGGCGGGCAGCUGCUUACAAAAGCACAGAAGUGGCUGCUGCUGGCUCCAGACAGAGGCAGGCAAGGACUGACAGGCCUGUCACCACUGCUAUUCCCCUCUCCAGCUUGUAGUAACCGGCAUGGGGACUUGCUUGCCUGCUGCCGCCAAACACCCUGAGCAAAAGGUCAUGCUGGGACAGCUGCUGGAUAACUGCGAUCUGAAUGGCUGCACCUGCUGUAGUGCGCCUUUUUCAGGGGCAGCCCACCACAGGAACUCUGAGCUGCUGGUGUGAGCCCCUUGCUCUGUGAAAUGAGCUGUUGGUUUGUCUUCCUGCUUGCUUACAGGAUUUUAGCCUUUUUUAGAUGCUGCUCAGUGGUUCCAGGACAAAGCGAUUUUAUCAACUUCAUUUUGUAUCCAGCCCCUUUGGAGGUGCAGUGGGUCCUGUUUGCACCUGCAGGUUCGGAGCUGGCACCACUGUGGGCUGGGUGCUGAGUGGGGAAGGCUGAGCUUUCUCCAGCCUCCUGUGGGUGGGCUGAGCAGUGCCAGCCCCAGGUCAGUGUCCCCUGCUGGGGGCCUGUGCUUCUUGCUCUCAGCUGGGCUUGACAACCUUCAUGCUCCUGCAUGCUGCCAGGAACGGGAUGGUGAAUUGCAUUUGUCCUGAGCUAGCAGGACUCAGAGGCACUUGCUGACUUAAAAUUCCUCUGCUGUAUCUCCAGCCCCCCACAGCUCUGCCAGGGGCUCUGAGGUUUUAGACCUAGAGUAUUUUAACUCAGAAGAAGGUGGCGAGAGCCUGUCCUUUCUGGAAAGUGCCUGGUUGAAGCAGAGGGGCUGGCUCCUCUCACACAUGGGCAUUACCAGCUAUGGCAGUGCUGCAGUGCUCCCUUCUUGGGGUAGGCAGACUUUGUGGCCCAUUCAAGCCUGCUUGCUACCAGAUCUACGUGUAGACAUAUAGGGCCAGGUUUUUAAAGAUACAGAAGUGCCUAAUGCUCACUGAUUUCAACAGGUAUUAGACCCCCAGAAUACCUUUAAAAAUCAAGGGCAUGGACCACCCCUUCCCCCAGAUUCUGGCUUCCCAUAACCUGAAGGUGAAGGUUCAGCAUCUGCCUACUAGCCUGUUCGCCUCACACACAGGAGUUUUCUAACAACUGUUGGUGCUUUUAACUAUUUGACUAUGAUAGCCGCAAUAAAACCUUUAUACAGAAAACCA